CCCGACCCGACCCCGAACCAUACAACCCGACCACCCGACCCACACGCACGCCUCAGGUAGAACGUCGAUUCGGCGGCGGCCGGAGGCGACGAGGAGGGCAGCAAGAUGUCGUCGGUGUACGUGCUCGAGCCGCCGACGAAGGGAAAAGUGGUGGUGCAGACGACGGCCGGGCCGCUCGACAUCGAACUGUGGCCCAAGGAGGCCCCCAAGGCGGCGCGCAACUUCGUGCAGCUCUGCCUCGAGGGCUACUACGACGGCACCCUCUUCCACCGCGUCAUCAAGUCCUUCCUCGUCCAGGGAGGCGAUCCCACCGGCUCCGGCACAGGGGGUGAGAGCAUCUAUGGGGCACCAUUUGCGGAUGAGUUCCAUUCACGGUUGCGGUUUAACCACAGGGGUUUAGUGGCGUGCGCCAAUGCUGGCACGCCUCAUUCGAACGGAAGCCAGUUCUUUAUCACCCUUGACCGCUGUGAUUGGCUUGAUAAGAAGAAUACCAUCUUUGGGAAGGUUACUGGUGAUUCUAUUUUCAACCUUCUUGCCUUGGCUGACGUUGAGACUGAUAAGGAUGACCGACCUGUGUACCCACAGAAAAUUCUUUCAGUCGAGGUUCUCUGGGACCCAUUUGAGGAUGUUGUUCCAAGGCAACUUAAGAAACCUGAGUCUGCUGCCAAGGCUGAUGCUGAGGUGAAACCUAAGAAGAAAGCAGUUAAGCAACUUAAUGUGCUUUCAUUUGGUGAUGAAGUAGAAGAGGAGGAGAAUGAGGCAGCUUCCUCCGUAAAGGACAAAAUAAAAAGUAUUCAUGAUGUGCUGGAUGAUCCCCGUUUUCUUAAAGGGAAACCAGAGGAUGGACAGCUGUCCAAGGAGCAAGAGGAGAAGAAAAAGGAUACUCUUCUGUCUGUCAGGGAGGCUUUGAUCUCAAAGAAAGUUGACUCAAGAGAGCCAGAGCAUGCUCCAGAAACUGAUGAUUAUCCUGAAGACGAGAAUGAAGAGGAUUUUGACAACAGAAUGCGCUCACAAAUCCUAAGAAAACGUAGAGAGCUUGGUGAUAUUUGCCCUCCUGAAACCUCUAAAACAGAUAAACCACAUCGGAAGGAUAGGGAAUUACCAGCUCACAGGAGUGAUAUCAACGAUGAUGACGAUGAUCAGGAGCAUCAGUUACAAAAGUCUAAAAAACUAUCCUUGAAGAAAAAGGGUGUUGGCUCAGAAGCCAGUGCCGAAAGUAUGUCCAAAGCAGAUGCUAAUCUGCAACUAUUAAAUCCAGCUGAACAGGAGAGACAUUUGCAAAAACAGAAGAAACGUCGGCUCCAAGGCCGUGAAGAUGAGACAUUAGCAAAGUUACAGAAGUUCAAGGCUUCUUUCCUCGGUACGAAUCGUGCUACUGAUAACACGGAAAAAGAGGCCGAUGAGGAUUACACAGGGUGGCAUACCAACCGGCUGACUUUCAUGCCUGAUUCUUCGAAGGAUGGAAUGGCUAGGAAAGAUGACCCAGACGACUAUGUAGUGGUUGAUCCUCUUCUGGAGAAUGGAAAACAAAAAUUCAACAAGAUGCAAGCAAAGCUUAAGCGGAGGGAGCGUGAAUGGGCAGGCAGAUCUCUCACAUGAGCUGCGAGCUCCUUGCUUAAUGUUCCCUUCUCUCUUAUUAGCCCUUGAUGGUACUGAGUCACAUCCUGCUACUCUUGCUAACUCGGUAGUAUUCGACUGUACUUUCCCCCAGUGCACUGGCAAAUGGUUACCACAUCGCAACUGCUGCAAUUUUGGUGCGGUCUUGGGAUUGUAAACGCCGCAUAUCGCACACGGAUCACGGCAGUUGAUGAUAGAGUGACCAUCUGUAGACUAAUGUUAUUUUUUCGUUUUAGUAUGUGUAUCAUGAUUUUCCAAAUUGUAAAUGCAAUUGUACAAUUCAUUUGUUUGCUGAUCAUUUAUAGGUUCCUGCAGUUUAAUAGAAAAUGCUCCUUGAGAAA